AUGUCUAUUCCUACAUUAACGUAUCGCCCCAUUCUCAAUACCAUCUCUUCGAAUAUUCGUCAAAGAGCAGUUGUCAAAACAACCUCUAGUGUAGGUAUAAUAAGACAUUUUCAAGCUUCUCGUAUAGCAUUCAAACAAGGUGCAGAUGCAGAAUCUGACAUUUUGCGUGCUCAACGAAAAUUAAGACCUAGCUCGCCUCAUUUGACCAUCUAUCAACCUCAAUUGACUUGGUACAUGUCAAGUGCUCAUCGUAUCACUGGAUGUGCAAUGGGUGGUGCAUUGUAUCUGGGCGCUAUGGCCUAUCUCGCUGCACCCGUAUUUGGUUAUUCUGUGGAUGCUAACACAGUAGUAUCUUCAUUUGGAGCAGCUCCAGAAGCUGUCAAGAUGUCAGCCAAAGCAAUCUUGGCUUUACCAUUUACUUUCCAUGCAUCUAACGGUAUCCGACAUUUGAUCUGGGACGCAGGCAAAUGCCUUGAUAUCAAGGGCGUCUAUAACACGGGUUAUGUAGUUCUCGCUUCUACAGUUAUUGGCACUGCUUAUUUGGCAACCAUGUAA